AUGGUGAACCUCAAUUCCCCUCACAUCGUCCUCCCCGUUGACGCACCGUCGCCCCCGCUUCCUCUGUUUCCCCGUCGCCAUUGCCCUCCCGUCGCCCUUACCCCUCUCCCCUCCCGUCGCUUCCUCGUCAACGUCGUCGAGCCUCAUUCCGACGCUUUUUUCACCACUCCGACCACCCUCUUUUUCCGUUGUCGUGUCCCCACCACUCCCCACUCUCCUGACAGGCGCGCCCACGUUUCCUUACUUGGGCAUCGCCUUUCCGCAAACAUCGCAUUUGGCCCUAUCGCUCACGCUUUCCCGCAACGUCGGUCACGCUUUCCCGCAACGUCGCUCACGCUUUCCCGCACCGUCGCUCACGCUUUCCCGCACCGUCGCUCACGCUUUCCCCUUGUCGCCACUCACGCAUCCUCCUGCCUUACCCCACUCCCGGGGACACCGUCGCUCGCGCCUUCCCCCGCCUUCUCUCACGCUUCCCCGCUCAUCGCCCAGGCUUCAUCCCACCCUCGCCCACGCUUCACCCCACCCUCGCCCAGGGUUCCCCCCACCGUCUCCCAUGCUUCCCCCCACCGUCUCCCAUGCUUCCCCCCACCGUCUCCCAUGCUUCCCCCCAUCGUCUCCCAUGCUUCCCCCCACCGUCUCCCAUGCUUCCCCCCACCGUCUCCCAUGCUCCCCCCCACCGUCUCCCAUGCUUCCCCCCACCGUCUCCCAUGCUUCCCCCCACCCUCGCCCACGCUUCACCCCACCCUCGCCCAGGGUUCCCCCCACCGUCUCCCAUGCUUCCCCCCACCGUCUCCCAUGCUUCCCCCCACCGUCUCCCAUGCUUCCCCCCACCGUCUCCCACGCUUCCCCCCACCGUCGCCCACGUUUCCUCCCACCCUCGCCCACGCUUCCCCCCACCAUCGCCCACGUUUCCCCUCACCCUCUCAUCCGCCCUUCAUCUCAUCCUCCCGUCCUCACAUCCUCGUUUCCUCUCAUCCUCCCGUCCUCUCAUCCUCCUUUCCUCUCAUCCUCCUUUCCUCUCAUCCUCCCUUCCUCUCAUCCUCCCUUCGUCUCAUCUUCCUUUCCUCUCACCCACCCUUCCUAUCACCCACUCUUCCUCUCAUCCCCCCAUCCGCCCCACCGUCGCCCACGCUUCCCCCCACCCUCGCCCACGCUUCCCCUAGACGGGACAGGGGAGUGGGGGAGGCGGGGCAGGGGGGGCAGGGGAGGCGGGGGGUACCGUCCGCCCUUCCACUCUCCAUUCAGCCCUUUCUCCAAGCCUCUCUCCACCCUACCACUCUCCCACCCACUCUGUCUUUCAUCCUCCUGCCCCUCCACCCUGCCGCCCUUUUUUUCAAGCUGCCACUUUCCGAUCUUCCUGUCGGCCGCCUUUUCUGUCCGACCCACUUGCUACACCCUACUUGA